AUUGUUUUACUUCUGGACCUGUGAGCCACCAUGGACUUUUCUGUUCUCUGGAGUUUGUCUGCAGCACUGCUGAUAUGUCCUCUUUAUAUGGGUGUAGGUGUUCUGUGUGCAGUCACCUGUAAUGAGGAGAGUAUGGGCAUGGAAGGAGGUAGUUACACUCUCACUAGGAAGCUUGAGUAUGGCAGCAUUAUGAUAUACCACUGUCCAGAAGGGUACUACCCACAUCCUGCUUUAACUCGCGCCUGCCUGAAAAGCGGAACUUGGAAGCCACCACCACAAAGAAGACGUAUUCAACAGUGCAAAAUGAUCGAAUGCCCCAACCCCUUGGUUUUAGAAAGUGGUUCUGUCUUGCCUGUACAAUCGCAGUAUUUUGUCAACAAUAAGACCACGUAUGAGUGUUAUUCGGGAUACUCACUGCGCGGCUCAGCCUCCCGUGUGUGCCAAACCAAUGGGAAGUGGAGUGGGGGCACACCCAUAUGCAGCCGUGACUCAGGAGGUGAAGAUCGCUGUGCUGACCCUGGGAUUCCAGCAGGUGCUAGGAGGUCUGGUUCCAGUUUUGGCAUUGACGACGAAUUGUCUUACCGCUGUGACGACAGCUUACAUUUGUUGGGGUCAAAGACGCGUGUAUGUCAAGAGAAUGGCCAAUGGACUGGGACUGAGCCUAAAUGUUACUACAAACACACGUAUGACACUGCACUGGAGAUCACGGAGGCCUUCGGCAGUGCUAUCAGAGAGAGCCUUCAGCUGGCAGCGCCCAUUGAUGACACAGAUCAGGAAGGAAAGAAGAUCACAAUAGAUAAAGCUGGAAAGCUUAACAUGUACAUUGCUAUGGACAUAUCUGACAGCAUUGCGGAGAAUGAGUUUGACAAAGCAAGAAAUGCUGUCAAGAAACUUAUCACAAAGGUUAGCUCCUUUUCAGUCAGCCCAAAUUACGAAAUCCUUUUCUUUGCUUCUGAUGUAUUAGAGGUUGUCAACAUCAUAGAUUUUUCUGGAGAUAAAAGAAAACCACUUGAGGAAGUCUUGGAUGACUUGGACAACUUUAAAUAUGAUGCUAGAGAUAAUGUUGGGACCAAUCUCAACCUUGCAUUUAAAACCAUCCUGGAACGCAUGGCUAUCCAAAAACAACGAAAUGAAAAGCUAUUCACGGAGGUCCACCAUGUCCUCAUCUUUUUCACAGAUGGUGCUUACAACAUGGGGGGUAGCCCUGAAAACACAUUGGCCAAAAUUAGGGAAUCGGUGUACAUGAAUAACAAGACAGAACGGGAUAAAUAUCUUGAUGUUUAUGUUUUUGGUGUCGGAAGUGAAAUUUUUGAUGAAGAUAUCGCGCCACUAGUGACAAAAAGGAACGGCGAGAGGCAUUAUUUUAAAGUAAAGAAUGCUAUUGAAUUGGAAAAAACCUUUGAUGAGAUAAUUGAUGAAAGCCAGGUUGUGAGUUUAUGCGGACUCCAUAGAAACUAUGAUGACACUACCCCAAACACCAUACGUCAAAGAUACCCCUGGAUGGCACGGAUUGACAACACACAUGAGGAUGGAAAAGCUAGUAAAUGCAUGGGGUCUAUUGUUUCUCGCCGCUUCAUCUUGACUGCUGCUCACUGCUUCAAGUUCGAAGACAAUGCAGACAAUAUCCGUGUUACGAUUGGGGCAAAUCAAGUUGUAAAGGGAGCAUCACGUAUAAUAUUACAUCCUGAUUAUAAUAUCAACGGUAAAAAGGAUGACGGGAUAAAGGAGUUCUAUGAUUACGACGUAGCUCUCAUCAAACUGAAGGAUGAUGUAAAUUUCUCUAACGACAUAAGACCAAUUUGCAUCCCUUGCACCAAGGAAACAAGUGGCGCUUUAAGACUGGUAGGAGAGGCUAUCACCUGCAAGCAACAAGAACAGCUAUUGUUCAAAAAUCCAUUAGAAGAAGUCAGUUUCAUUUCAUAUGAUAAGAAGGAACAAAUGGAUCAACGUAGCGAUGCCAAACUAAAGCUUCAGGAUCAGUUGAGGGACAAUUGUAUCGAAUCGGCUGCUACUCAGGUAGAAGGCAUAACACCACUUAAUCUAAAGAAUGUUGUGACUGAUAACUUCCUGUGCACGGGUGGGAGACAACCUACUAGAGAUAAUGUUGCCUGCAAAGGUGACUCCGGUGGAGCUGUGUUUAAGGACUAUGAUGAAUACCGCACCAUCCAGGUUGGAGUGAUCAGCUGGGGAACCGAGGACCUGUGCCCUGGUGGUAACAGUGAUUUCAAACAGGAGUCGAGCGAAAAGUCCAGAGAUUUCCACAUCAACCUCUUUAAAGUUGUGCCGUUUCUGAAGAAGUAUUUGGGGGAUGAGAAACAAGAUUAUCAACCUCUUCAGUUUUUAGAGAAUUGAAGUUUCAUUCCAAAAUGCUCUAUUUUCAGAAAUGUUGGUUAAGUAGCUUUUAUUGUUUAAAGAACUUAUACAAGA